GUGAUGAGGAUUUGAGGAUGUGUUACAGAUAGGCUAGAGAAGUCAGAGAGGUAUGCUGUACACUUUCCCGGGAAAAGGCAUUAGGAAUAUGAAUUGCAGAAUUAAUACUGGCAAACAGCCAUAAAUUAUGGAUAUAUGCUCUCAUCUUCCAACCUAAGGGACGUUUAAUGUUUGGAUUUUCAUGCGAUCUGCGUCGUAAAUCGAGGGUUAUGUUAGGCCUCUUGCCUUGCCCGUCACACAGUGUUUACAGUAAUUUUUGAACAGGCGAACGGGAGUUGUAAGAGGGUCGUGUGGCCUAGCAGACUAGGCCUACUUCCGUGUUUUAAUGUGUUUGGUCUAGUUUCGAUAGGAACUCAAUGCUGGCAAUGGCGGGAAUGAUACGGGGCAUGGUCAGCAAAAACAAGCAACGAUUCAAGGAAGGACAGUUUGAUUUGGAUUUAACAUACAUUUGUCCUAACAUAAUAGCAAUGGGUUUCCCGGCCGAACGAUUGGAAAGCGUCUACCGGAAUGAUAUGGAUGCUGUAGUAAAAUUUUUAGAUGGAAAUCAUAAAGACCACUACAAAGUGUAUAAUCUAUGUUCAGAGCGGAAUUAUGAUACUUCAAAGUUUUACAACAGAGUAGCGUGCUACCCAUUUGAUGACCACAACCCACCUAAGAUGGAGCUGAUUAAACCCUUCUGUGAAGAUGUGACUUCAUGGCUCGAAGCAAGUGUCAAGAAUAUUGCAGCAAUACACUGUAAAGCAGGAAAAGGGCGGACCGGUGUAAUGGUAUGUGCUCUCUUACUACACCAGGGAAGAUGUCGUACAGCGCAAGAUGCUAUGGAUUUCUACGGUGCUGUUCGGACACGAGAUGGAAAGGGUGUAACAAUCCCUAGUCAGCGGCGGUAUGUUGGUUACUAUGGAGAACUUGUGACGAGGCGUCUAGAAUAUACGCAAGAAACGUUACUACUCAAGAGAGUUACUGUGGAAACAAUACCUAUGAUAUCGGGCGGAACAUGUACACCCUUUUUCGUUGUUUAUCAACAUAAAGUUAAGAUUCAUACAUCUGAAGUAGUAAAGGGCUUAAAAAGAGGAGAUCAGAAGAUCAGGUUCAACAUGUUACAACCAUUCCCUGUAUGCGGUGACGUAAAGAUAGAUUUCUUCCAUAAAGCCAGUAAAUUAAAAAAGGACAAACGCAACCUGUUCCAUUUCUGGUUCAACACGUUUUUCAUUGUACAUAGCAUGACCGGUCUCUCCAGUAGUGAUAGUACAGACAGCCUCCAUAAAACUGAAAGCUCUACUGAUUCCAACAGUGGUGAGGACUAUGUACUAGUAAUCACCAAAGAUGAAAUUGACAAAGCUAAUAAGGACAAAACAAAUAAGUUCUUCUCACCUAACCUUAAGAUAACCUGUUAUUUUUCAAAAGCUGAAAGCGCAAUACAUGAGAUCCCUCAGGAAGGGAACUCCACGCCAAGCGGAAGUGAUAACGAUAUCUUAGAUGACGAAGACGAUGAAACGAGCGGGUCCGAAUCGUCUGAUAUAGAAUGGGAUGAUGGUCCAGUAACCUUUGUAUGAUACAAAGAGACAAAAACAACAUUUGGUGUUGUGGAGCAAAAUAUUUUCAGGUAUACAUUGUGCAUAAUAUCAAGUUACAUGAUAACACCGGCCUAUAAUGUAGAUGGUUGGGAUUAUUUACUUCGAUUUCAACUUGACGUUCUCAAUUUCAUCUGUGAUUUGAUGGUGUUUUGAACUUUCGUCAGAAAACGAUGGACCCACGGCCAUGAAUGAAAAAUUUUAUUGCAAAUGCUUUGCAGGUAUCUAUUGUGAGAAGAUAACGUUUGAAAUUAAUAAGAGAAGAAAACAGCAAAAUGUGAUUUGUUACGAAACCACGGAGUACGGGACAGUAGCAAGAACCAUCAUGUUGAGUGUGUGACUAUACAGUUUUUUGUUUUUUUAUAAAUUCAGCGAAUUCUCACAGUUAACUGUAAUAUACUUGCCUACAGAAAUUCUGUUAUUUUUAAAUAUUUAUUGUUAACAUAUAGAAUGCAGGAAGCAUUUGUUGACCGUUGCCAUAGGAGAUGACCUUUUUGUCAGCAUCAGUCUGAUUGAGUCAUUCUGAUUUGCAUAUUGGAUUUGACAUGACUUGGGUCGGGAAUUCGCAGAGUACUAUAAGAAGCAAUCUUUAUUGUCUAUUAAAUUUUGUGUACAUCACAAUAAAUCAAAUAUUAUAAAAUUUAACUUUCUAAAAUUUUAUAUCAUAGAAUGUCAGUCAAUUUUGUUAUAUUUGAAUAUGAAUCAUCAUCCACUAGAUAUUGUAGUGUGGGGGGAAAAGAGAAAUCUAUGUUUUGUCUUGUCAAUGCUUGUACUCAAUAAAUCAUGAAAUUCUUUAUUAUAUUUGGAAGUAUAUGUAUGAAUGUUGAAUAGAUACUUUUGUGUUUUUAUUCCCAUCGAAAAAUAACUAAUUACUGCGGACUUAGUUUUGCAGUGAUGUGCAUCUCACUUGCUGCAGAUGUGUUUUGCACAACUGGCAACAACCCUGGGAAAGCACUUUUGAACUUUCAUUACAUCUCAUUGCCGUAGCAACGGUAGUAGUGGCAAUAUUAACUGCAAUACAUAGGUUACAUUAACGUAUCUGCUUAUGUAGGUGUAGUCUGAUUUGCCCAUGUAAGCAAAUGGCUUGCGUUAAGCACAUGUGCAGCAUACUGCACUGUUGAGAACUACAAGCUUAAGACUAACUUAAUGCAGCCAUAGCCUAUCAAAUCCAAUUUUUUUUUUUGUAUUGUAUGACAGUAUGACGGCCUACAUACACGUAGGAGGGAGUGAUUUGAAGUCUAGGUUUUACUAAAUUUGUGAAUUUUGUAUAGCAUAAUCAUAUGUAGAUGAAUUGUUCAAGUAUAUCCAAUGUAUAAAUUUAAUUUUAGAGAAUUUAAAAUUGAGUGGAGUACUUCUCAAUUGUGUGUAUAAAUUUGUUCAAAUAGAUUAGAUAUGUUGAUUGACAAUGAAGCUGAUAUAUAAUUGCUUUAUUUACAUUCAAGUAACUGUACAGGUUCUUGAGUGCCAUCUAACAAACAAACAUUUGUAUUAUUAUGAAUGAAUCUAAUUGGCUUAUUCAAAAUAUUUGUUUCAUUACACUGUUAGCUGUUAUUUGUUUGUAUUGAUCAUGUGAUAUAAAACUGAUCAACUAUUGGUUGUUAGGUAAACUGCAGGAAGGUUAAGUUGUAUGAAGUGUGUGGAGUUUGUCUUCCACUAGGUAAAACUGUUGCUCAUAUUGUGUCUGGUUACCCAU